AGUCAUUAGCCUGGCUUAAGGGAGCUUGGCUCAUCUGGAUGACAUGCAGGAGUUAAUGUGAGUCCUCGCCCAGUCCAGUUAUGGAGAGAGGUUUCCCUAUCCCCCCUCCUCUUCCCUUUCCUCCCUCCUCUUCCUCCUUGUCCCUGGACCCUCCUCCUCCUAUGAUGGUCCUUAGCUUGCAUCACCAGCAGGGAGAGCUUGCCUGCUAUUAAUAGAAUGAUGUCAGCAUUCCAGAACUGCCCCCUCCGCUAUAUAAGGAGGUGAUGCAACUCCGCCAGUAGUAUAGUGAGUGCCGGGGGGAGAGAGAGACAGGAGGUUCUGAUCACACGCUGGACUCCUGCCUCUGGCUUUGUCUGCCUUCAUCAUCUCCUAAACAGUAGACCACCAGCUUCACCAAGGUAGGUGGGCUCCUGCUCCCCAACUUUCUCAGGGGGUUCCUGGGCUAUGGGAUGUUUGAUAAACUCUUUGUGGAGCUGGCUUUCUUUGUUUUAGAGUUACACUGUGUUUGUUAGAGUUAUACUGUGAUUGUUACAGUUACAGUGUGUGUGUUAGAGUUACAUUUUGUUUGUUAGAAGUCUACUGUGAUUGUUACAGUUACAGUGUGUGCGCGUUUGAGUUACAUUGAGUUUGUUAGAAGUAUGCUGUGAUUGUUAGAGUGUGUGUGUGUGUGUGUGUUAGAGUUGCAUUGUGUUUGUUAAAGUUAUACUGACUUUGUUACAGUUACAUUGUGUGUGUUAUAGUUGCAUUGUGUUUGUUAGUUAUACUGUGUUUGUGACUGUGUUUGUUAAAGUUAUACUGUGACUAGAGUUACUGUGUGUGUGUGUGUGUGUUAGAGUUACAUUGCGUUUGUGACUUUGUAAGAGUUACACUGUUUUUGUCUGAGUUACAUUGUGUGUGUGUGUGUGGCUUUGUGAGAGUUAUACUGUGAUUAUUAGUAGCACUGUGUUUGUCUGAGUUACAUUGUGUGUGACUUUGUUUGUGAGAGUUAUACUGUGAUUAUUAGUUGCACUGUGUUUGUCUGAGUUACAGUGUUUCUCCCCCCCACACCCCUUUCUUAGCUUUCUUCUCUGUGAAGUCCAGCGCAGUCAUGUUGAGUGACUCACCACAUUACUACUUACCUCAGUUGAAGCAUUGUCCCUUCCACGCUGCUCUAUAUCUGUGUAUCCAGCUGGCUGUGAUACUUUUACCGCACAGAAACUUUCUUAUUGUUUACUUCCUGGGAAUUGAACUAUUUGUGGUUACCAUCCCUCCUAUACUCUGUGGGUGACCUACCUGCUAAACUCUGUGGGUGACCUACCUGCUAAACUCUGUGGGUGACCUACCUGCUAAACUCUGUGGGUGACCUACCUGCUAAACUCUGUGGGUGACCUACCUGCUAUACUCUGGGGGUAACCUACCUGCUAUACUCUGCGGGUCACAUACCUGACAUACUCUGUGGGUGACCUACCUGCUAUACUCUGCGGGUGACCUACCUGCUAUACUCUGUGGGUGACCUACCUGCUAAACUCUGCGGGUGACCUACCUGCUAUAUUUUAUGGUUGCUAUUUAAUCUAACUUUGUACUUCCCUCCAUCACUCUAUACUGUCUGUACCCCAACUUUUUACCUGGUCAUCAGACCGGUCCUGCCUUAUUGAAUCAGACCAGCUUUAGGAGAUUAUUUAAUAUGGAUUUCAUUGAGUUUCCUAACACAGGCAUGGAUAAGCAGAAUUAACCCUCUAUGACCCGUUUUUAAUAGUUCGUUACCACUUUGUCGGAAUAGUAGGAUUUGGAAUCUUGCAGUAAACCUUGUUUAUUACACGGAGGGUGUGUUUAUAUAUAGGAACGAAACACCUCAAUUUUUGUUUUAUAUACAACGCUGAGGAAUAUGCUGGCGCUAUAUAAUAAUAAUUAUUAUUAAUAGAAACGUUUUGCAUGUACACGUAGAGCUGGUUAGAAGCACGUAAAAGAUUGGGACAAUUUUAUAUAAAUAUAUAAUUUCUAUAUCAUUGAGUACUAUUUUAUAUAUAUAUAUAAUAGAGUGAUCAUCUAUUAUUGAUACAUAUGUUUGUGUAUAAACAGAGAGAAGAUUUGUUAGAUCUCCUGUAUAAUCAAUAGGUAGAUCCUCUAUAGGCUGUCUGACAGAGUGGAUAGAAUCAGACAGAGUGUGCUGUGAGUGUGUGAGCAGCAUGUCCUGUGUGUCUGUGUGCAAUGUAUGACUGGCCAUCUGAUAACACACUGGCAGUAGCUCAUUGUCUGCCUGUCCCUGCUGAAAUGUUUCAGCUGGCUGGAUGAUGAAACUGCUGGGUAAUACUUUCAGUUCUCUCUUUCUGUUGUCAUUUAAGAAUGCCACCUACAGGUGGCGCUACAUUUUACUAACUACAAAAAUACACACUCAUUCAAAAGACAGCAUGAUGAUAGCAUUUUACAGGACAUAGCAAAUAUGGGUUAUUUAGAAGAAUAAAACUACAAAAAAAUGAACACAGAUUAAGGCGAUUACCCUUCGGCUCAUGGUAUAUAAACAGUACUUUGUAUUAGUAUUUUGUGCUCUUUUUCGCCCUUGUUCUGCUACUUCAAAAUUGUUAAAAACAAAUAUUGCAUAAGGUAUUAAUCUGGUCACAUGACCUUUUGAUUAAAUAGCUAUUGAUAUUUUAUAUAUGUUUGUGCGGAUGUGUGUUCAGAGCUAUUGGGUUUAAAUAAAGUAAUUGCACUAUUGGAUAAGAAUAAUAAUACUUAAAAAAAAAUUAGAUCAAAGUAAUGUAUACACUUUUUAACUGGGUAAUUCAGUGUUUUGCUUUGUCUUUGAUAUGUUUUGUUAGCAGAAUACAGUGUGACGUCCAAUUUGUGAAUAUUUCAGUAGUGCAGAAUGUAGUGUUUGUAAACGGUGAGAUAUUUACUGAGUUAGACAUGAAUAGUUACGUACAUUUACAUCCGGAUUUCUGAGUAACACGUUUGUUCUCUUAAGUAUGUUAGAAUUGUAUUUUUUAUUUUUUUUAUGAAGUGGACCUUUUCACACAUCUUUAUAGUUGCUGACGAUCCAAAAGAAGGCAGUACUAUUAAGGUGGCUCUGUAACCCCUCCUGCAAAAUUAGUAUUUCGGAUAGAUAGAAUCGUUAUGAAAUACUCAUUUUGGCUGUGUUGAGAAUUUCACUGAAAUUCCAACCCAGUCAAGAGAUAUACUGAGACAGAGUAAUGACUAUUUUGUCUCUGUAUGUUUUCUCCAUUCGACUUUUUUUAGACUCUGGGUGGAGCUACAGUGUCAAUCACCAGUGACGGCUGCAGGGAAUUGGUUCUGUCUAUGGAGGAUCCGGGGGUCCUGCAUGUGCGAGAGUACAGCAGUAAUGUCGACUCCUGGCGCAUUGGGGCCACGGGAUCCUCCACUGACACUGUAGCUCCACCCAGAGUCAAAAAAAAGAGUCAGACGGAGGAAAUAUACAGGGACAAAAUAGUCCCUACUUUGUCUCUGGACCUGAAGAGGACCUAGUGGAACAAGAAAACCAUGCCGGUGAGGGACAGGUUCAGGAAAGUAAUUGUCACCCUUGAAUUUCCCUCUAUUGGGGGUCUUUGCAAAUUUGGCCCCAGGUGGUAACAGUUGUGCUUUAAAAAAAGACAGUUUCCAGUUUUGCCUUCAAUAGAGGGAAAACACUCAUUCUUGACCCCACAAUGACAAUCAUGUCAGAGCUGAAUGAGCUUCUAAUAAUGUUCAGUACUGACAUGUAUUGGCCAGCAUACAGUAUUUGCCAUCUUGCUGCAGGCAUCUCUUAAAUCUGACAGCUGAUCACUUUUGCAGCCAGUGAAUUUCAUUUCUUUAUUGUUCUUAUAAUAAAGAACUCUUCUUGCUGCUCUCGGUGAAGUCUCCCUGCCUCAAGUAGUGUCUCCUUGUAAAUAAUAAAUAUUUUGCUCUAGGGCUGACUGUUUUACCAAAUUGCCUUACAGUAUUAUAAGAGGGGGGAUUUAACUAUAAAUAGGACAAUUACAGGAACUAUAGGGUGAAAAGGGCCCUGAUCAAACGAGCUUACAGUCUAUAGGAGGUGGGAUAUAAAACACGUUAGGACAGGAAAUAUCAAUCAAAUAAGGUGGGAGUAAAGCAGAGCUGGAGGAGAGAGAGUGCUGCCCUUUAGGAGAGAGCAAGAGACAGGUAUGUGAGGUAGAGGUUACUCUGGGAGGCCAUAAGCUUUCGUAAAGAGAUGUGUUUUAAGGCACUUCUUAAAUGAUUGAAGACUAGGGGAGAGUCUGAUGGGGGUAGGCCGGCUAUUCCAUAGGAAAGGAGCCGCCUGCGAGAAGUCCUGCAAGCGUGAGUUGGCCGUACGGGUGCGAGCAGCGAACAGGAGAACGUCACGGGCAGAGCAGAGAGACCGAGAAGGGGCAUACCUAUGGAUCUGUGAAGAGAUACAAGAGAGGCUAGAAUUGUUCAGUGCUUUAUAUGUAUGGGUUAGCACUUUGAAUUGACUCAUAUAGAAUACAGGAAGCCAAUGUAAUGACUGACCGAGGUGUGAGGUGUGAGAGGACCGACUAGAGUGGAAAAUCAAUCUGGCGGCAGCAUUCAUUACAGACUGUAGCGGGGCAAUACGGCUUUUGGGAAGACCAAAUAGGAGAGGGUUACAAUAAUGCAUGCGGGAAAUUACUAGAGCAUGGACAAGCUCCUUGGUAACAUAUUCUUUGCAUGUUAUAUAUGUUGUACUCCCCCUUGAGUAUAAUCAUUUUAGAAUUGUCUGCUGGCAAAUCAAAACUACUAGGUUACGGAUUGUCAUUGUGCAGCCAUGUCACGGCAAUGGUGGGAAUUAAUGCGCAUGCACGGUGCUCUACGCAUGCACAUUAAAGCUUCCCUAUAGGAAAUUACUGAAUCAACACUUCCCUAUGGGUAUGUGAUGCGUGAGGACGUCCAACAUCGUUUAAUGGUGUAAAACUUAGUUAGGGACCAGGAAGCGCCUCUAAUGGCUGACUGGAAGACAUUAUAAUCAUUGCAAUAUCCCAGAAACUGCAAUGUUUUACACUUCAGGGUUCAGCAGACAGGGACACUGCACCCAGACCACUUUGAUGAGAUGUGUCCCUUUAUAAUUAAAUUAUGAUAAAGAAUAUUCCCUUAAACAGUUCAUUGGGAAGAUCUCUAUAACAAAUCAAUUUGCUCUGUAACAUAUAUCAGUUGUUAAAUAGUUAAAGGAAUCCUAUACUUCCAGGAAAACAAACCCAUAUUAAAACCCCUUCAGCCACUUCAGCCCUUCAGCCACUUACCUGAAUCCAGCGCCGAUGUCCCUCUGCGCUGGGUCAGGCUCUGCCCAUGUUCCUCCCCUGCUGAUGUCAGCCGGAAGGGGAGACCUAAUGCGCAGCAAUGGCCGCACGCGCAUUAGACCUCCCCAUAGGAAAGCAUUAUUUAAUGCUUUCCUAUGGGAAAAAUCUGACGCUGGAGGGCUGUGAGAACGUCCAGCAUCAGAUAAUGGACCAAAAGUCUGUCUAGAUUCCGGAAGCGCCCCCAGUGCCAGUCUGGUAGACAGCAACAGAGGGCAGACUUAGAGCUGCAAUGUAAACAUUGAGGUUUCUCUGGAACUGCAGUGUUUUACAUUGCAGCACUAAGUGCAAAAGGGUCACAGCACCCAGACCACUUCAAUUGGCUCAAGUGGUCUGGGUGCCUACAGUGCCCCUUUAACAGGCUUUGCAUUUGCCUUUCUACUGAUGGGUUCCAUACAAUGCUUGAUGGAACGUACAUUUGCUAUAAAAAACACCAAUAUUGCCAAACGAGGGAUGUUUUCGUUGGGUCCAUUGAACCACCUGUAUGAUUACAGGGUUACUUGAGGGCAUUGUUCUAAAUCACUAAUUUAAAGACACAGUAAUACUUAGUUUUCCUGUUUUUUUAAUGUAUUUACUUUUAAAAACCUCUGAAAGUAGAUGGAUGUUUAGAAAGUAGCACCUAUUUUGUUGUAUUUGAAUUAAAUAAUAAUCAUGCAGGCAUGCACCAUUACAGACGUGCGAUGCGUAAUUAUCCUCGUUUUAUUUUUUUAUUCUCCCAGAAUGCAGCAAAUCCUUGGAAAAUAGUCUGUUUUUCUUUUUUUGUGGAAACUCCCAGAAAAUAGAUGGUCCCUCCUUCCCUGUGUCAUAUAAUAACUUUAUUGUAUGUUUAACUUCCCUGUUUUAUCACCAUUGUUGUGGUUUUCUGCCUAAACGUAUAGAGAAGCUGCAAUACUUAUAGCUUGGAAGUGGGUGUUACAUUUCUACAUAAACGAUUUCAAGUGUGAGGGUUUAUUGAACUUUGAGAUAAGUUCAAAUAUACUUUUAUAGCAGUAAUAAGUGAACAUUUUCACGAUGCUUAGGAAAAGGUAACCCAACUUUAUUCCAUGCAAUAAUGGCAAACCUCAAACAAGUGUAUGUGUGUGCCUUUUAUCCAUUCUGCGUGGAUUGGAAAAUUCAACUCUCUCUUUUAUUUUAUAAUGGAGUUAUAGAUUUUUCUUUAAAUUAAAUUUUUGUUUUUCUAUGAAGGCAUUGUUAUCAAUCAUAAAAUUCACCCCCUGCACCCCCAUCAAAUUAAAAUAUUGGAUUGAUCUGCAUUUAGCCUUCAUUUUAAUAUUGAAUGUUAUUGCUUUUUUAACCAAAAUUACUUCAGCAACUACGAAAAUAUUUAAAGUCUCAGCGGCAGAUAUAUUUAUCAGUCUCUUUUUGUGCAUAGUUUUAAAGGAAUUCUGUAAAAACUCCAACCAUUGAUUGAGUAUGCAGUAUUUAUUAUGUUUUUAAUUUUAUUGUAGAGCUGCUGUUUUGUUCUACUCUCCUACUGGGAAAUAUAAUACCACAGCGGUGAUAUUGUCAUUUUUACAAUAUAUUAAAUUAGCUUGUUAAGAAUAAAGAAAGCAAUAAUUAGAUCAAUCCUUUAUUUUUUCAUUAAUAAGCUGUAACAUUGUUGCAUAAAUGUUGCACAAUAAAGGUUAUGUGAUGUCACCUCAAUAUUGUAGGCUAUUUUCCUGUAAAAUUGAUACCUACUUCCUCGUUUCAUCAGUGUAAGGAGCAGUAGAGUGCUCAGAAUUUAGCAAUAGCAGGGCAUAGGCUACGUUAGAUCAGAGGAUUCAGGUCAGUAAGUCAGCAUGAACUUACUGACCCGCUCUAGGUCAUCCUGGAGUCCAUGGCCGGUGCAAGGAUUUUUGGAUACACAGGCGAUGAUGAUCUUGGAUCUUAUCAUAUAUAUGUUUCACCUAAACAAUUGUGCGUGAUAUCUACAAACAUGUCUGUCAUGUUUUUAUUCUCAACAAUCCUUUACCUGUCUGCAAGAGAGAACAUUUAAAUCAUAAGAGGGAAAAAACUUGUUUUUGUCAGGCAACAGCAAGCGAACACGGAGUUUCAGAUCAUUAGUCUCACUUCAGUUGCAAGACAACAGAAUGUGAAAAAUGUGUUAUUUUCUACAAGAUUUGCUGACAUAUCUCUUGGAGGGCACAGUGUCAAAGGGGAACCAAGGCUGUUUUUAGAAUAUUUUGCAUAUCUGCUCUUGCACUCAUUAAAUACUGUAAUAGUAAUGUAUAUAUUUAUGAUAUAAACUUUAAUGUUUGUCAAACUGGCCAGUAACAAAGAACAUGGGGAUGACCAGGCAGUAGAUCCCCAGCAUGUGGUUGGUAAAAUAAAAUGUGACUUGGACUUUUACCAGGGACCUACCUUUUGUCCUAGUUAUGGUACACUAGGUAUGUGCCAUUUACGGUGUGUCCUUGCAUGUUGCAAACAUUCCACACAGUAGUCAUCACAUUGUUUUUUAUUUCCUGUUAAACUUAAAUUACUUUAAAACUCUCCAUUUACAAUGUCAUGUUGUAUAUGGUGGGUCAUUCCUGCUUAUAACUCUAAUUUUAAUGACUUAUUUCUCGAUCCAGUUGCAUUCUUGCAUAAGCAGUAUGAUCAUUGGUCCUGUAACUGCAUAUCUACAAUUAUUCAAGAGAAAAUAAAUGCGUGUACACAAUGAAGUCAAAGGGGUUCAAGGAUUUUCCUUACACCAACAGGGAACAUUUAAAUAUUUAUACAGAAUAACGCAAAACUAGGUCAGUGCUUUCCAAACAGAGUAGGACAGACUGAGAUGCACAAAAUAUUGCAAGGGCAUUAUUAUCAGGACCAGCAAAAAUCUUAAUGUUUUUUUUACACAGAAUAAUUUACAUAAUACAUCAGAGAGGGACAGAAUUUGGUCAGACUUUGAACUUCAUAUCACACAAUCCUGUGCCAGCCUUGGUUUUUUAUAAAUUAUUGCAUUAUUCUUCUUCAAACAUUCAUUUUUAAAUCAAGCACUUGGAAAUACAAUUUUUUUUUUUAACAUGUUUAAUUGACUAUCGGUUAGCUUUCUUAAUAUUUGUUCUGUAUAAAAAGAAAUGGCUGUCAAAAUUUAUAUUAAAGUCUAAUUAACCCCCCUAUCCCUCUUUCCUAUGGUUGAGAAGAUCGCAAAAUCUUUUUUUCUAAGGAAGAAAAGCUUAGUAUUCAGCAGUGGCCAAUCUAUAAGGAAACUGAGCUGUUAAUUGGUUAGCCUCCACUAAAAAUAAAGUUGUCAGCUUGUGUAAUUAUAAGCUAGAAAGUGCUAUUUAUAUAGCUAGUUAACUUUGUACUUUGUAAUGUAACUACCAAGAAAAACGCAGCUCUGUGUUUAUGUAAACUGCCUGAGUUAAAAUUACUUUAUAGUAAAGGCUUUUCCUUAACCCCUUAAGGACACAUGACAUGUGUAACAUGUCAUGAUUCCCUUUUAUUCCAGAAGUUUGGUCCUUAAGGGGUUAAAGAAACAGUAGCACCGUAAGUUCAGUUUAUAAAAAAACUGACCAUUUAUUCACAAAUGAUUAUUGAAAGCUGUGGUUGUAAUUUAAAAAAAAAAAAUAUAUAUAUAUAUAUAUUGCUAUUGCUAUUGAUAACAUAAAUUGCUCUUGUUUUGUUUCAGAAAAUGAUGCUCCAGCACCCCGGACAAGGUUCUGCUGCCGAAGUCAGCGCAACCGCUAUUGUCCCAUGUUUGUCCCCAACCAUGUCUUUUGCUUUCGAAGACUUCACCAACUUAACACCUCUGGUAAAAGAAGAAUUACGGUUUGCCAUCCAGAAUAAACGUUUUUCUAGCAGAGCGCCAUGUACCCUGGACACGGUCAUCGUAGCAGAAGGACCCAAAGAAAUGCCUAUCCAUAAAUCUGAGGUAUGUUUCAUAAAUCUUUUUGUAAAGUGCUGCAGAUUAAGCUGGCGCUAUAUAAAUAAUAACCAAUAAUAAUAAUUAUAAUAAUAAAUGCAAAUACGCAUAUACGACACAAUCCCACGCAUGCAGUCCCUCUCACUCAUGAUUUAAUAUUUUCUUUAAUACUCCCUUGUGUAUGAAUUACUGCAACAAUGUCCAUAGAGUUUAGGAUUGCGUUGAUGUCAGGUAUCCUGAGGUCUCCACCAAUGCUUUGAAUAUGGCACCACUGUUGUGGGUUUCCUUGGGUCAAAUGCAUAUAAAUGAGCGCAUUAUAUAAUGUGCUUUGGACAAGAGCAAUUUAGAAUACUGUCUGAUUGCUCUGUGCAUGCGGAACCCUAUACAAUGGUUUAGGGAAGAUGGGAAGAAGUAUAUGUGCAGCUCCAUGUGUACACAUUGUAAUAAUUUCACUUGUGCACCAACAUCCCAUCGCAGGAUUUGGGGUUCCGCACCUAUUGGAGUGGGGAUGUCGGAUCACUCAGAGUUAUUCAUUAAUGUAAGAAUUCAUUUUGAAAUCUAUGUUAAUUUUAUAUUUAAGGCCAAAAAAGUGGAAAAUGGCUACUUUUACCUUAAAUAUAAUGUUUAGUUUGAACUCUCAUUUCGGUGAAUAAACCGUAUUGUGUUUCUGUGGAUCAGAGAUACGUUUCACUGUCUCCAAGGAAGAGAAUGAAGGUGCUGUCCGGCAGUAAAUGGAAAUCAUUUGCACCCAAUGUGGAAUCCGUUAAUUGAUCAUGCUGAUAACAUUAGCUUUCCAGCCGUGUUUACUGAUUAAUUCACACUGCGUGUAUAUUACUUCCUGAUACUGCUAGGAAGAAUGGAGGUAUUGCACAGCACACAGUAGAAAUUAUAUGGGUCCUGUUAAAUACACCAGCUCAAAUAGUUAAUACUAUAUUUAAAAAAAAAACAAAAAAAAACAAGAGACAAAAUAAAAAUGAAAGGGCAGACAAACUUGUUAUUUGUUUCAAAACUUUCAUGUCCCUUUCGUGUAACAAAAGUGCACAGAAUCAGCGUUUGCAGAAUUACUGUGCUCUGUGUGCUGAGAUGCUGAGUGCAAUGUCACGGGCCUGGUUUACAAAAAGAGCUGUCACCUGCCAAGAAUGAUUACAUUGCAGGAAGCCAAAGUUCAAGUCAAUGACAGCUGACACCCUGUGAAUGAUGUCAUACGAGGAUAAUAUUCAUAUCAGCUCAGGGACAUUGCACGCACCUUUACAGUAACUAUUUUCUUUUGUGCCUGUGUAAACACAGAAGAAAAAGAAAUGAGCUCUAAACUCAGAUGAACGGGAAAUUUAUUUCAGAAAAAUGAAUAACCCCAUACGAAAGUGGAAAUGUGUUCGCUGUAGAUGAAUAUUAUAUGGGUAGUUGUUCAGCUGUGGAAUAAUAAACUAGCGGAGGAGAUAGAUUAAAUGGAAAAAUCAAUUACCUGUCUGUAUAGGUUAAAAUGUGAAAGGAUUACCCCUGACAACCUAUUAAAGGCCUGUUUAGAGUCUCCUUGGGGGUAAUGUAGGCAUUCGUCAGCGUUGUCCUAAGAACCCACCAACUUGCCAGGCUUGUGUGAUAAUACUGUCAUACCUCAGGGGAGUUAAACAGUAUUUUUUUUUCCAUUUUGGCACCUGUGCCAUAUUGUUGGAUCUUCAGAACCCAUAUAAAGACAUCAACCAGGAAGUCAAUCCAUAGGCAUAUAAACGAUAGGACUGAGUUACAAUACAAGCAUGAGUGAACAUUAACACAUUUACUGGUAGACGGCCAGACACAUACUGAAAUAUCAUUUGAUCAACAUUUCAGAAAUACAAUCAUUCCAUUUAAACAGGUGUAAAAAUUGUUAAACACCCGAGGAGUGAGAUCCUGGCCUGUAGCUAUCACACUGCUAGUUUAGAUAAUAGCUCCUGUGUCGUGGUUAUAUUAUGCAAGUUGAGCACCCAAUACUUCAUGGUAUUUCUGGAAGUGAUUAUUGAUCAUUAAUGACCGCGUUCUGUCCAUUGCAGUUUGUCCCCGAAGAAGAUGAUCGAAAAAAGAGGAGGAGAGAACGGAACAAAGUAGCAGCCGCUAAGUGUCGAAAUAAGAAGAAAGAAAGAACAGAAAGUUUGCAAAAGGUAAGCAUGAUAAUACAUCUCCACUGUAUUACAUUCCAGGAAUAUCGAAUUGGACAUUAUCUACAGCACCAGAGCCAGGAAGAGUGCGCUAACCAUGGUGUUAUCAUACAGUGUUCUUUCGGGUUUCUCCAUAUGUAUAAAUAGUUAGUGUUUGGUGCAGGUUUCCUGUUAAAUAACUAAACCAGUUCUCACAUUGUUUUAAUACUCAGACUGUCUGCAUUUUGUGGAUUACAUGUCUCCAAUGUUAGAAUUGGUGGCUUUGGAUGCUGGGAUGCGUGGCCUCCUAAACAUUGACACACAGCUGCAUAGACACACGCAGUACGAGCCAGUGCGUUAUGUAAUCAGGCUGUAUCAAUGAGGAAUAACCAGUUAAUGUAUACAGUCUGUUUUCCUCCAUUGUCAAUAACUGAGGCUUGUAUCACUCUAUUUGGUUCUAUACAAUAAACAGACCACAUUAUUUACAACACAUUUAUUUUAAGAUUUAAACGUUCUUCCCCAAAUAAGGAGCAAAGAAUCUUCAGUGGUGAAAAGGAGGUUAAGACGCAUGAUGGGGAUGUGUUAGUGGAAUUGUUGCUAGUCAACCAGUCCUGUGGAAAAUUUAAAUAUGAUAUUAGAUUUGCUGUUAUUUUACUAAUGAAAAUGGAUUCUUUAAAAAAAAAAUAAAUAAAAAUACAAAUUAUUUAGGGAUUUUUUGGGUGGAGAAAAACAUGAUCGAUCAAGUAUAGUUGUGUUUCACUAUUUCUAUGACGUGCUCACAAUGGUGAGACUAUAGGGUAACUGUGGAACUAUUGGGAGGUAUGCCUAUGCCAAGCCAUUCUUUCAAUUUCUUUCGUAAUAAUAGUUGGAAAGUAGACAUGUGCAUACAGCGCCAUCUCUUGGUAGCAUAGUAGAAUUGAAAUUUGUCUGACCACAAUAUAUUGAAUUGCACCAUAACCUGUAUUCAAAAUAUUUAGUGAUGUUAUAAUUACAAUUUAAGCUGUUUGAAUACCUUGAUUUUGUUGCUUCAUUUUCAAAUGCUUUACUGGUAAUAUAUUCUGCAAUUUAGAGAUGGUUGAAAAAGAAAAACAUAAACUAUUGAAGUGAUGGGUUGUUGUGUUCUUAUAGAUUGUAAAGAGUUUUUUUAUAAUUUUUUUUUCUUUCUUAAGGAAUCUGAGAAGUUGGAAUCUAUCAAUGCAGAUCUGAAAGCCCAGAUCGAAGAGCUAAAGAACGAGAAGCAACAUUUAAUAUAUAUGCUCAACCUCCAUCGGCCUACCUGCAUCGUCCGAGCUCAAAAUGGCAGAACACCGGAAGAUGAGCGAAACCUCUUCAUUCAGCAGAUCAAAGAUGGAACCCUCCAGAGCUAAGCUAUCAAGAGAGACAAUGUACAAUCUCACUGUUGUAUAGCAAGUAGAAUUCUUAAAACAUUCUGGGGCCAAAUGGACUUGACGUGCUCUGGAGAGACCUUGUUGCUACCGAACGCUUCGAGGAUUGAGAAAGCUACGUGAAAAAUGAAGUGCACAAGCCACGUCAUAGGACUGGAUCCGAAACCGCGAAAGGAUGGACUUUUGGUUGAAUGCUGGGUGUUCACCAUUUUUUACCUUUUUUUUUUUUUUUUGCAACUGGUGUUAUUGGAAGCCAUAACUAAACAGUAUAUACUGUGUAUUUUUAGGGUUUUAACAAAAAUCCACUGACAAGUUUCAUCUCUAUAGCAGCGCUAUAUGAUUUGUGGUUUAUUUUUAUUUUAUUUUUUAUCUGUGCAAUUUUUUUUUUACAUUUUGUUGCUGGAAGGCAGAAGCACACAUGAAUACAUUUUCAGUGUUUUAUGAUAUAAUUGCACAGGUGUCAGUUAUUGCCACCUUUGAAAGCUCUAUUAUUAUCAUCAAAAGUGUUUAAAAAGAUAUUGAAACUCAUAGCAGUUUUUCAGGAAGUAACCUGAGCUAUCUCGAGUUGUUGUUAUAAUGUCUCUAAGGGGAAGAGAAAAAAACUGAUAGACACAUUGUGUCCACCAGUUUGUUUAAAUCGGAAUUUUUUAUACCACAGUUACCAGUGGUGAUUCCACGGUGACAUUUUGCUGUGUCAUUGUGGGUAUACGAAUUAUUCCCAAAAAACAAACCACCAACAACAACAGUUUUAGACAGCGAAUGGAUAGCUCUUUAUGCUGAUGGUAGUGUAUAUGUAUACACACUGUUGUUCGAAUAUGUCCGAAGUAAUGGUAAAAAGAUGGUAUUAUUAACGAUGCUGACAGGCUGUGUAUGAUUGCCAAAUCAAUUUAAUUUGAACUAAUUGAUUAUUAUACUCAUUCAUUUCCAUGCCAGGGCUUCUUACCUGAAGGCCGGCCUGGCUUUUUAUCCUAGGUCAUGCAGACACUAAUUACUGCGGAAGUAGAAAAUAAAAAAAGCUUAUUUUAUUCUUAUUUAUUAUGAUUGCCCUAUAAAACCUACAUUUGUGCUUGUUUAACAUUAUGCAGUUAUGUCAGUGUUUUGCCAAAUAUGAAGCAGUCUUAAAGAAACAUUUCUAAUGACUUUAUCAGGUGUUUGUGAAUCAACAGAAUAAAAUGGUAGCUAGCAGGGCGAAUGCGAAGCCCCAGGCUGUUUUUAUAUUUUUACAGUUAUUUUGGUUUAUGUGCUGUCACCUGGCAACAUGAACUUCCCAAAAAUUAUUUCAAUGACUAUAUUCUAUGACCAGAGAAAGUUUAUCAGUAGUAAUUAAUAAAGUUUUCCCUUUGUCUUCGACAUGGGAAUUUGAUUGACAGAGUUGAUUUGUUUUCUCUGUUUGUAGAAUCCUGCCCCUCAAAUGAUUAGAAAGCAAGUGCCACAUUUCACCCUAUUUUCUUAAAGAAAUUAUCAACAUUCAGAUGUAAAACGGCCUUCAGAGAUUUUACUUAUGACAUUUCACACAUCGCAGUAUGGUGUGUAGGAUUCAUACCAACAUUUUCAGUUUUGAAAAAAAAAAGUUAAAUAAAAUCCAAUUUACAAUUUGAAAUCAUUUCUACAUCGGGACAUUUCGCAGAUUGACUUAUGUAUUUUAUGUAUUUUUUUUAAUUUUAUAAUACGUAUUAAGAUUUGAUACCUCAGCCUAAUCAGCCAUUCGAGUAACCACAACCAGACAUCAAAUUAAAUUGUUUCUGGUUUUUAACAUUCUACAACAGAACCUAUCAAUACAUUUGCAAGUGUUAGAUUUAAAUAUAUCAUUAAAUAUAUUUGCCUAUUCAUUAAUGAAAGGGAAAAUUGAAAUAAGAUCUUUAAAUCGUUUUUUGUUUGUUUUUUAUUUAAGAAAAAAAUAAGUGUAAAAAAAAACCAAUUAAUUUUAAUUUGAACGUGCAAGCUGCAAACAUAGAUUACUGCACCAUUCAAAUGACACAUUUCCUUAAAUGUUCUUGAUUCUGUUAUAAAGAAUAAAUUGGCAAGGAUAAGUAUGUUUGUCCAGAAGCACUAAAAGUGAUUAAAUUAAAUUAAACUCCUUACCUUCAUUGGACUUAUUGUAUGUUUCUGCUUAUAUUAUAUAUAAUAUAUAUCCAAAUAUAUUACAUGUGGCGCAGGCGUCAUGUAAUUCUGUUUGGCUUUUUGUUAUACUCGAGUGUUUACUGGCAUGUAUGUAAUAAUCAUGUUAGCACUAUAUAUAUAUAUUUUAUUUUUGUUUCACUAAAAGUAACAUCUGCAGGUUUAAUUAUCGUUGUGGUACAAAGUUUUAAACUGCUCACGAUAUAACAGAUGUGAGAGAAAUUGCAUGUUUUAGUGUAUGUUCACCGCCAACUUCCACAUUAUCGAAUUUAAGGUACUUUAAAACCUUUUUGUUUUUCUAUAUUGAGG